AUGUUUUUUGGGGGGGUUGUGGAUGUUGAGUGGAAGGGCUUGCCGAUUAAUAUUAUUGUUGGUUCUCAUGCUUGGGUUAGAGAUCCAGAAUUAGUCUGGGUUGAUGGACAAGUUUCAAACAUUGAUGGAGAGGAAGCUGAGAUUCAAACUAGCAAUGGAAAGAUGGGCCUAUAUUUUUGUCAUACUUACAGUAUAAUAAAAGGCCAUGUGACCUUUGUCAAAAAAAAAAUUUCCAAUGAUCUUUCUCAAUUUGUGGGGCCUCUUAUCUUGAAUCAACUUUUACAGUUAGAAGAUGUUGUUGUGGAUGAGUUAAUGAUGAAGAUCUUCAAACAUUAUACAAACUGGUGCAAAUUCUUGCCAAGAAAAAGCAACAUUCGUUUUUCUGGACAGUAUUUGUUGCUGGAUGAUAGAAUUGCUUUGCUUUUUAGCUUGAAUUCAGAGGCCGAAGCGUCACUGGAUUUUUUGUUGAAUGGUGUCGAUGAGGCUUUAAUUAGUGCUUUUCUAGUGUUACUGAGAGCCAAAGGAAAGACUUUCGAGGAAGUAAGGUUCCUUUAUUCAUAUCAAUCCAGGAUUUCAGACUCUUCAAAGUCUUAUUACCAUGCUGUUUGGAUAGAAAGAACUGCUGGAGAAAACACAGUUAACAUUUCGACUGGAGCUUCAAUACUUGUUGUAGCUUGUGGUGCCAAAAUUGCAAAGCAAGGAAAUCGUUCAAGUUCUUCGACAUGUGGAAAUGUCAAUGUAUUAGAAGAGUUGGGGAUAGUUAUCGACCUGGAACCUAAGGGAGUUUCAAGCUGUGUGAAAGAAGCAGGCAUUGGAUUUACGAUGGUUCCAACAUAUCAUCCAGCAAUGAAGCUUGUCCGCUCGGUCAGGAAAAAGCUGAAAGUCAAAACUGUAUUUAAUAUAUUGGGCCCUAUGUUAAACUCAACAAGAGUACCGUAUGCUGUUGUGGGUGUCUAUGCAGAAGAUUUGGUCUUGAAGAUGGCUAAAGCAAUGCAGCGAUUUGGCAUGAAACGGGCAUUAGUUGUUCACUCUGAGGGCUUGGAUGAGAUGAGCCCCCUUGGAUCUGGGCUAAUCCUUGAUGUUACACCAGAAAAUAUUGAGAAGUUCUCAUUUGAUCCAUUGGACUUUGGGAUUUCUCGGUGUACCCUGGAUGACUUGCGAGGUGGAUUCCCAGAGUAUAAUGCCGAGGCACUAAAGCGUAUAUUGUCAGGGGACAAAAGUUCAAUUGCAGAUGCAUUUAUCUUAAAUGUAGCAGUAGCGCUCUUGAUUAGUGGCAAUGUGAACUCUUUGGCUGAAGGGAUCGCUCUGGCUCGCGAGACUCAACUAUCAGAAAAAACUAUCAAGAUGCUCGAUCAGUGGAUAGAUGUGUCCAAUGGGGUUUGAAUCUUAUUGUUGCCAUCUCACAUGCUGAAUAGAGAGAAGUAGAUACCUGGCACUUCAUGCAAACAGCCCCUUGGCUGGGUUUACUUCCCAGUGCAGAUGGAUCUUUUAUACAAGGAAAAUAUGAAUAGUAGAAGUGUGCUUGAAUAUGCCCUCGCCUUUACAAGUGCAGCAUUGGAUAAGUAUUGCAGUGAAUGGAGUGGUAUUCCCAAAACAAGAUUUGUUGACAUUACAACUUCAAAGGAUUUCUACCGAAUAUACAGUGGGCUUCAAAUUGUAGG